AUUACUUUUUAAUUUAAUAGCAUGUACUUGGAGUGAUUUUAUUUUUUGACUAAUUUAAAAUGUAUGUUAGAUUUUUUGAAGUGGUUUGAUAAUGCGAUUUUAUAAUAUUUUAAAUGUAUUAGAUUAUUCAGUGCUGCCACCAAAGCGGCUAAAAGGGUAAUUUCGUACGCAGUCGGUGAUAUUUACAACUAAUAUUUUGCUACUGUUUUGACAAAUUCACGGCAUAAUUGUAUGCACUACAAAUUCUAAACACAUAUUUAUUGAAUAAAAGUAAACAGUGUUAAAAAAUGUGUCGGUGAAUUGAAUAUGUUAGUUAUUUGUAGCACAACUCCAGUCGGCAUAGUAGUAGUUGGUUGACAAAAAUAUGGUCGUGCGUUUUGUCUGAUCCGUGGUGAUGUGUGAGCAGACUGAAAUAAAUUAUUUGGACGGAGAAGUGGUAUGGGUGAAACUGGGUUCCUGUUGGUGGCCCGGCGAGGUGGUCGCCCAAGAGAAGCUUCCUUCAGAUUUCCUUUCUUCAUUUCGGAAACCACCUAUAGCUGUCGUCAAAUUCUUUCAGGAGGAUGCCUAUGAAUACGUCAAGAAUAUAAAUUCAAUAUACAAAUACAAUUGCAGCCGUAAAAAUGAAUUCAUCUCAAAGGGAUUAUAUUUAUACAGAAGCAAGGGUGGGGCUAUGGAGAAAUUUCCAGAAGAUAUUAUUAGAGCAGAAACAGCUGUUGGUGGGGACAUUGAAAUCCUCUCACGAGAGGAAUUUCAGGAAACAAAAAGAGAGAGUUACGCUGGAAUAUUUGGUGACCCUAAGAAAACACCCAACACUGCAAAGAAAGGCAAAGGUCGUGGUAGGCCGCCUGCAUCAGAAUCAGCAAAAGUUUCUACUCCUAUAAGAAAGAUGAAGGAAAAAACUGAUUACAAAGUACAUAUUUUAGUACAAAAAUCUGCAACACCUGGAAACAAAGCACCUGAAACUCCAUCAACCCCAUCCACAAGCCAGACGGACGCGGAACCUGCAGAAGAAAAUAAUAAAGCUGAAAGUGUUACUGACGCUACUGAAACUCCACAAACGCCAGAGAAGCCCCAAGAUGCUGAGAAACCCAUUUCAUCAAUUUCAACACCAACUGUCUCCAGUUCUGGCAUGUAUUCAUGUCAUGCUUGUUCAUUUUCUACUACAAGGUUAAAUGUUUUAAUUCUACACAAUAAGUCACACAGCGUUACAUUUACAUCAUACACACCAACACCUGUAAAGAAAAAAAUACCCAAAUCUUCUGUAAAGUCUACACCGAGUUCGUCUAAGACACCAAAAACAUCGCGGCCUCGUAAGGAAAAAUCUGAGAAAUCCCAGAAAAAACUGGCUACAGGCCAGAAACGCCCUAGUGAACAACAGAAAAACUCUGAUAUCAAAAAAUCUAAGACUGAGCAAGAUUUUAAGAAAACCCUACUGGCAGAUUGGGAUGAUGCUGAUGAGGAUUCAAAUGAUGGGUCUCCAGCUAUGGCGAUGACUGGCUCCCCUGAGGUAGCCGUGGCAGCCGAGUCUCCGGCGGUGCCCACGCCAGCUGAGCUGCCAAGUGCACAAGUCCCGGCUUCACCUGUCGAAAUAAAACCUGAUGAGGCUACUCCUAAUGAGAAACCGGAGACCAGCAACGAUUCAAAGUACGAAUUUUGUGAAGACGAAGACUGGGCAAUAGAAGCAGACGUUGGCAGGAAAAUACCUCGUGUCAAAAAUCCCAAACGUAAAGAUGAGACGAAAAGUAUCAGUUUGGAUGAUGACGAUAUGGCCAGAGAAGUGGCAGAACUUCUCACUAAAACUGCUGUACCAGAAUUGCCAGCUAUUCCGGAUUCUUUAAAAGUCGAGGAAAAUUUUCCUGAGCCUUCUGUUGUUAAAUCUCCGGACAAACAGGAGUCUAAAGCCCCUGAACCUAAACUCCUAGAAAAAGCUGACGGUCCACCUACGAAAGCGAUUUUUAAAACGAAAACGUUUUUUCGAAGCCGUCACUCUAGAAGUCAAGACGCCAUAGGUAAAUAUGUUGCUGAACAGUUAAACGCUGUGGAAAGAAUGGAUUUGGCAGAAAGUGAUAUAAAUGGUUCUGACGCAGUGUCCUCCCCAGAGGCUAGAGAAUCGCCUCCUAUAGAACCUGUGAAAGUGGCUCGUCUGGCGCCAAAAAUACAGCUAAAAAAAAUGAAAGCCGAAGCUGCACAACUACGAGAAAAAGAGAAACAUGGCGUAGACUUUUCACUUGACAGUGCACCUGUUCCUCAAUCUGCUAGUCCUAUUUUAGAAGACAUUUCAACCAUAAUAGCCAAAGCUGACAGUGAAGCCUUUAAAGCAAAAGAAGACCCAGCUACGCGAAAUUUGUUACAAGAUGUGCUUUACCCAACACAAGAAAUAAAACCCAUACAUGAACAUAUUACAGAAGAAAUAAAGGCGUCAGUAGUUGUUGAUGAACCUCUACCAAGUCAAAAUACCAAUAUGGAUAUAGAUGAUAAUAUACCACAAAACACUGAAACAAUCGAAAGUAAAGAUCUGCAUGUAUCUGAACCCGACGUAGAACCUGUAAAUAAGGAUCCCGAAACAGAAGAUAUUGAACUGACUGUGUCUUUGCCAGCUAGGGAACCAAGUAUAGAAAAGACAGAAGAAAAAGUUAAAGAACCCUACAUGAAUGAAUCUACAGCUUCUGCAGUAGACGCUUUAUUGAGCGUGUCUAGAGAUGCUGACCGAGUAACCAGAAUGGUAAGUGAUGAUCCACCUGAAGAUUUGUUUGAAGAUGAUAAAGAAACUGGGACAAGCAUAGUCAAAGGUUUUAACGAGGUAAUAAAUGAAGAAUGUGUUACUGAACAGGAACAAAAAGAUACUUAUGGUGAACAAAGUCAUCAAGAAAAUGGACAUCACGAAGAAAGCAAUCGAGAGAUUUCAAAUGACGAAGUCGAAAAUGUAGUUAGUACAGAUAAUAAUACAAUUAUAGAUGACAAUACUUGCAAAGAUGAUAAUACAUUUACACAUGAUGAUACUUGCAAAGACGUAGACACAUUCACAGAUGAUAUUAAUACUUGCAAAGAAAUACCCAUUGAACUGACCCCCGAGGUUUGCGAAUACCCGUCUGAAGUUGUUGUGGAAAACGUACCGUCGGAAUCUGAUUUACAAAUAGCCGAAGCUCUUAUUAAUCUACCCGCUACGGCUAUACAAAAUAAAAAUACUGACCUUCAAGAAACAGUAAAUAUAAAUCUACCUAUUGAAAGUGCUAUAGAAGUAGAAAGUGUUAGGCCUGAAAGUAUGGAAAUAGAUAAUGAAACUUAUGAACUACCCAAAGAAGAGAAUAAGCCCUUUGAUCAGGAAAUUUUAAUUGAAAAAUUAUUAAAUCAAGACAAUGAUAAUGUGAAUGUUCGUUUUGAGACUGAAUUAGAAAAGAACGAGAACUUGAAUGCUGCACAGUCAUUAGUCGAGAUGUCAGAGUCAAUUGAUCACAAAAUUAAUAUUAUUGAUACUAAAAAUUCAGUUAGCACUGUUUCAGAGUCAAUAGACCAUAAAGUCAAUGUUAUUGAAGCUAAAAGUAAAAUACUCAACAACAAAGAUAUUGGCAAGAUACAGGAGGCAGAUAAAAUGGUCAAACAAAACAACGGAAUUGAGAAUAAUAUUACAGUGGAACAAAAAGUCGCAUCACUGUCUAAAGACAACAGCAACGAACCUGCUAGACCUGCCAAAUAUGAAACUACCUCGUCGAAACUAUUAAAGAUUCUCGAAGAACCUUGUGCACCAAAAUUUGCGAAGAACACGCCACCAAAACAAGUAAUGCUACCAGGCAAAGAGAAGAUAUUAAAUUUCGAUGUCGCCAAAUCAUCGUUUAAGAGCAAAUCUCAAUCUCCAGUGAUUAUUCGACGAGCUGCAAACAAAAAUAUAAUAAAUAAUAUGAAUGAAAGAGGCACACCUGAAAAAAUAAUUCUUUCUCGUAGCAACAAGCCGACACAAGAUGGAUCUUCGGUACAAACAUACACAAUACAGACUUCUCCCGAUACUCCGCCAGAUGCUAACACCAUUACCAUAUUACCACAGAAAGUUAGAAAAAUACAAAAGCCACUAAAUAAGUUACAGAAAAUAAAGCCACAAAACUCUCUUGUUACUCCAUUGAAUGAAAGUAAAACGGUUAAAGAAACAACUAUCACAGAAGAUGCUAUGUUUGACAUAAACUCUAUGCCUAUUGUUUUAUCAGAUGAUAUUUUAACCCCUGAAAGUAUUGAGAAAAUGCCAAUCGUAAUGUCCGAUGGUAAUCUUAUCACGAAUACUUCUAAUCCGCCGAAACUGGUGAAAACUAAACAACACAUAAUUGAAAGUGAUAAGUCUUCAACAAGUACGGUUAAACCUGAACUUAAGACCUUGCUUAUGAAUCCCGUGACUGAAGGCAACAAAGUUGCUACGCCCAAUAUUCUUUCAAAAUCAUCAAAACUGCGCGGUGCUAAACCUAUGUUAGUGAUAGACAAGGCUACAGGAAAACAAAAAAUAAUUAUGACGAAACCAGAACCAGCUGUAAAAGAAAUUAAAUCUGCGCCGACGUUGAUGCAGCCCGUCCCUCAAAACACUGGAAAAGCUGAAAAGUUUUUAAUUUUACCUACAGCAUCGUCGCCUCGCCCGGGACGGACCCAAAAAAUAGUUAUAAACCCACAGACAGGGAAAGCGCACGUCCUAGUGGCCAAGGGGCCAGAAACGUCAUUGAACUUGAACGAAAAUAAACCUGUGUCAGCAAAAUUGGUCCCGUCGAGUUCAGACGCAACUUCCCCUGGGAACACAGUGAUGAUCAUCACGAAUGCUCAAGGUGCUCAAUCAAAAAUCAUCCUGACUUCAGAGCAUGAGAAAAUUCUGUUCCCAAAUAAACAGCAACCUAAUAUGUCACAAUUGAAGACAAUCACUCACAAAAUAUCAACGACUUCGGGCAACCCACAGAGAACUAUGGUGAGUCCAGUGCCUCAGGUGAAACCGCCAACGCGUAUUGUGCCUAAACAACAAAAGAGUGCUAUAAUCACAUCCAAAGGACAAUUGAUCGUCGGCGGCCGAGUCGCCACCACCGCCCAGAACAUCGCCCCGAUGCCCGAGAUCAGGUCCGUUCCCAAGAGAAUAAUAGCGACGAACGAGCCGAAAAAAAUCGUACAAACCAUUCAAAAACCCGCCUCGGAACCGCUAAUAUUCUUACAACAAAAAUCUGGAACCGUAGUUCAGCUGACCGCGUCGCAGUUCGAACAUUUCCAAAGAACGGGUCAGAUCGUUCAAAAGAUCGCGGUUCCCGCACAAGAGAAGCCGAUCGUUCAAAAGACAAUAACCAUAUCGCCGGUCGAUUCGGUAGCGAACGUCGUUCAAAAACCUAGGAUACGGAAAACCAUAACGGAGUCUCCGACGCCGGCCAAGAGGAUCAAGCACGAGAUAGCGAUCGCGCCCGCGCAGCCGCCCGCGCCCCUGCCCGCGCUCGCGCCGCUCGCCGCGCCCGCGCCCGCGCCCGCGCCCGCGCCCGCGCCCGCGCCCGCGCCCGCGCCCGCCUGCAGCGCCGACAUGGACAACUUCGAGGAGAUGCUGCCGUCCACGGCCAUCGCGCGCCAGCCCGAGCCCGCGCCCGCGCCCGAGCCCGCGCCCGCGCCGCCGCUGGCCGACGGCCAGCUGCUGGCCGUGCCCGGCGAGCACUUCGGCGGCCCGCCCGGCUCCUUCUACCUCUGCGUCGAGGACGGCGGCACGCUCACGCCCAUCGACAACCGGCCGCUCGUGCUGGAGAACAACCAGCUGGUCCCGAUGGCGGUGGAGCCGCCGCCGCAGCCCGAGCGCCGCGACAUCCUCGAGGCGGCGCUCGCCAACAGCGACGUGUUCCACGCGGAGCCCCCGCGGGACGAGGCGCCCGACUUCCGCGACCUCAACGCGAACGUCUCGGUGCACUGCCGCGUGUCGGAGACGAGCACGACUCUGAACCAGCCGAUAAUGACGCCCGUGGAGGUCCCGUCGAAGGGCGACAGCGAGCCGGCGGUGCCGUCGACGCUCGAGGACGGGCUCGCGGUGAUCGGCGUGACGCCGCACUCGGUGCCGACCUCGCUGGAGCUGCCGAUCACGGUCACCGACCCGCGGAUAGCGCCCAGGGCCGCGGACCCGCUGAGCGGGCCCGCCUACGGCGCGGGCCUGCUGGCGUCGCCGGGCGCGGAGCUGUUCGCGGGCGCGGAGGAGGCGUGCGGGCCCAUGUCCAUGCCGCUGCUGACGGACGACGAGGCCGUGGGCAAGUCCAUGCCGCUGCUGACGGAGGAGGCGGCGUCGUCGGCGGAGUCGGCGGGCUCGCGCGGCGGCACGCCGGACGCGGAGCGCUGGCCGCGCCGCCUGCACACGCCGGGCUCGGACACGUCGGAGGCGUCGGCCGAGAUCCCGCUGCAGCCCGCGCUGCAGCUGUCCGCCAGCGACAUGUCGCAGCUCAGCUAA